AGCUCCACUGUCCAGAGCGUCACGCGUUCCUGCAUGAAAGCCCUAUCCGAAUCUCCGGCUUGUCCGCUGUCUCGUACUAACUAACUAACUACAACGACAACUCCUCGUUACUUAGUAGUUGGUUCAGAUCUUGUCAAUUGGUCUUGAUAACGAAACGAUCCGAGAAUCCUGGAUACAUAAUGCAGAUUUACUAGCUUGAGCGCCCUUCGAGGGAACGGAAUCGUGUACCUACGCAUGCGCAUCGAAUCGCACCGGCAGAACCAUAUCUAAGAAAGAUAAUCUGAACGAUCGGACCAGAACAUACUACUGUCAACUACUGCUACUACUACUAUCAGCAUAAUGGCGCCCUCCCUCCCAAAAGCCACAACCCUCCUCUCAUGGUUCUUCUACCUGAUCCCCGUCUACCUCUUCGUUCUGGCGCCGUUAUUCCAAUUCAUCUUUCCCGAAUGGGACAAUUCGCGCGCUGCUGGUGGGAAUAAUAACGAGCUAGGAGGGUACAAUUACGAAGAUGGCAUUGAUGAUUAUGAGGGGGAGUACAGCACGCCGUUACAUCUGGCAGAUGAUCGAUUCAUAAGUCUCGAGGAUGAUGUGCCGUUUGAGUGUCCGGAGCAGGAAGGGAGGUAUAAAGUGCAUAUUUUCUCGAGGGUGCCGUUGGUUAUUUACAUAGAAGGGUUUUUGAGUGAGGAUGAAGCGGAGCAUUUGGUUAGGGUCAGUGAAGGAAAGUAUGCGCCUUCGAUCAUCUACGAUGGAGUUUCGGAGCGCGUUGAUCCCUCUGUUCGUCGGUCGGAUCGUGCCUUGCUCGAUCGAGAUGAUGUUGUUCGGUGCCUUGAGGAGCGUGCUCGUUCCUUUCAGGGUUGGAGGCCUGGGAUGUAUAUCGAGCGCAUGUGGGCUCAACGGUACAAUGUCUCGGGACACUAUCAGAACCAUUAUGACUGGACGGGGAAUCUGCGUGCUGGCGGUGAUCGCGUCAGUACCUUCAUGGUGUAUCUUCAGGCGGACUGCACUGGUGGUGGGACCAACUUCCCCCGCAUGAAGAUGCCACGGGAGAAGAAGUGGUGUCGGUUCCUGGAGUGCGAUGAGGAGGGGAAGGGAGAAGAAGGCCACGCCGCCAAGGAAGUUGGUGGAGUGACAUUCAAGCCGAUCAAGGGCAAUGCUAUUUUCUGGGAGAAUCUCAGGGCGGACGGUACAGGAUACCCGGAGACUUGGCACGCGGCCUUACCGGUUACGUCCGGGUCGAAGGUUGGGUUGAAUAUUUGGAGUUGGUAUCAGCCUCCACGGAGAACUAAGGGAAAGAAUUAGGGAUAAGGAGAUUCUUUCUUUUUUUCUUUUUUGUUCAGGUUUGGAGACACGGACUUGGUGGAACGGAGGCUAUUUGAUGCCCGUUGUCCAACAGAAUACCAUAUAUUAUUGCCUUCAGUCCAGCCCCGCUUGAACGGGUCGUACCAGAAAGAAGAGGGUGGUAAGAUCAAUGGUUCACCGCAUGAGUGAAUGGAUUGAUCGUGGGUUCGAUUCUUGAAGAGUAUCUAAGAGGAUUAUGACCGCAACGAACACCCGUUGGACCGGGUUGUCCAGACCGGUUUACACGUGAAACCUCUCUGAGGCUGUGCCCUGACUAUCGAGGAUUCACGAU